AUGUCCUCAGUAUAUUAUUGCCAUCAAUGCCGCAACCAAGUUCCUCUAAGAAACACCGAUAUGAUCUGUGGUGUGUGUGGAGGAGAAUUUCUUGAGCAGAUAACUCCACCUCCGCGUGUUAUUACUCAUGCUCCAUUUUCACAAUAUCGUCAACCUCCCGGAAGAGGGGUGCAUUUUCAUCAUCAUCAUCAUCCUCCAACACAACCGCCACAAGGAUCUAGUCAGAACGGACCAGAGAACUUCUUCCAGUCUCUUAUGGGAAUGUUCAAUUCACUGCCCAAUCAACCACCAUCAUCUCAAAGUAGAGGUGGUAGCGGUAGCAAUACUCCAUCGAAUGGCCGUGCUCAGGGGCCACAAGCAAUUACUUUCUCCCUUGACCAGGCCAUGCAAAUGCACCCAAUUCUGGGACAGGUAUUGUCCAGUUUGGGAGACCCGCAUAUGCAAGUACGCAUUCACAUUGGUGAAGACAGAGACGGAACGAUGCAUGGUCCAUUCGGCGACUAUGUUUGGGGUGAAAAUGGCAUGGAUCGCAUUGUGACGCAAUUACUGAAUCAGAUGGAUGGCACAGUUAGGCCGGUUGGACUGACAGAACAGCAAAUCAACAGAUUACCUAUAAUCAAGGUUUCGGAACAGCAUGUGAAAAAGGACACUCAGUGCACUACUUGUUUUGAAGACUUCAAACUCGGUGAGUGUUCUUUUGUACUUGAAUCAGAUAAGCUGGGAAGGUGGCUGGAGUCAUGA